GACGCCACUCGACGGUCGGCUCGGCAGUCGGCCGGCCGACACGCUGCGCUAUCUGGCGAUUAGAGUCGGAGCUGCGGAGACUCGGUGAUCGUGUCGACCCUCACUCGUCCGCCGUCUCCGCCGAGGUGCGCACCGCUCCACUCCGCCGCCAUGAGCCGCCGUCCGCUGGUGCCGCUGCUGGCCCUGGCCGCCCUGCUGGCGCUGCUACCCGCCUGUCAGGCGCUCAAAUGCUACCAGUGCUCUGAUAUCGCUGAACAGGACGCUGAGCCAUGUACGGAGCUGGACACUAGCAACGACAAGUUCUAUUACGAGUGUUCCGAUCAGGAGACAAAGUGCAGCAAAGUCGUCCAGAACAACGGCGUUAUUCGGGGCUGCACGGGCAAAAGCGUUGCUGAUGGCUGCAGUAAGUUUGAUUUUGGUCAGCUGAGUGGAACAGAAUGCAUCUGCAGCACCGACUACUGCAACUCUGCCGGCCUGUCGACGCCGGCGCUGCUGCUGCUGCUGCCGGCCGCCCUGCUGGCCGCGCUCUACACCCGGCAGUGAGGCUACUGCUGCUGGUGCUCAGGUUCAACAUCUGAACGGUCUGGGUCUGCGAGAGACUGUUUUCGGAAUAUUUCGCUGUUAACAGUCAUGACCGUUUAAGAUUGCGCGCAGUUGGUUCGUCACAGGCCAUGCUGGUGGAUAUUGUCAUCGAUUGUCCUUGCUGUGACCGUCUUGAGCCUUGUUAUAACGGUUACUCGAAUCAAAGCGACCGUGUGUCAAACAGAAAGUCGCUGCUACAUACCGGAAAGUGAGCGGAGGUAUCCGCAUCUGUGUCUAUGAAAAGUUGUGAUCACGGGAUUCCUCACAUGCUGUCUGUGCGAUGGAGGUUUUGUGUGUUCUGAUGCAGGAGACAUGCUGAGUGAUGAAGUGCGCUGUAUUAGCUAAUGUUUUUUAUAAUACUAAUCAUUCUGGAAAACAAUGCUAGAUAGGUGUUAUUUUUAAAAAGACACGUUUUUCAUCUGCGAUGUGUUGGAGAAAAUAAAACAUUCCCGAAGA